AUGACCUCUCUCGACACUCUUAUUCCCGUCAUUUACCAUGAAAAACAGCAGCCAGGGUCGAUGCUAUGUGCUCAACAUGCGUUGAACAACCUCCUCCAGGGAAAUUUUUUCACCGCUCCUGAUCUAUCAGCCAUAGCCGAAUCUCUAGAUGCCUUGGAAGAGAGCUAUGACGCGGACCGUGGACGUGCAAGCACGAAUAUGGACGAUACAGGUUUUUUCUCCGUGCAGGUGCUAGAGAAUGCGCUGCAAGUGUGGGGACUUACACUCAUCCGAUGGCGAAGCGAAGCCAUGCGCCCUUACCAACAAUUUCCACAGACGCAGAUGGCUUUCAUACUCAAUCAUGAGCAACACUGGCUUACUCUGCGCCGCUUCGGGCACGUUUCACCCGCUCCCUUGCACGCUGAUUCUGGCGGAGGACAUUGGUUCAACCUCAAUUCGUUCCUGGAAGCACCGCAGUGGAUCAGCAACACAUAUCUCGGCAUGGUCUUACAACAGUCCGAAGCUGAGGGCUACUCUGUGUUUGCUGUAAUCCAGACCGAUCCUGAAGGACCCCUUGCACUUCCACGCACAGAGGCCGAUGAGUUGGCGGCGUCAAUUCCCGAAUCGUCUGCCCCAAGUUCUGGAAACCGCAUUUCGACUUCCAGAACACCACCGUCGUCAGUGGCGCUUCAUGGAUUCGAGGACGAGGACAUGGAGCUACAGGCGGCCCUACAGGCAUCGCUCACGGGCUCCCCACACGAUUUUCUCCAUCCGCCUUCAUCAGCGCCUUCAUCGUCGUCAGCCUAUCGCGAGGCAAACCGUGGUGUACCUCCCGCGGCGCAGUACCCGUAUUACAACCAUGGCGAACCUCCGGAGCUGGAACCAGUAGACGACGAGGACGACGAAGAGGGCGACGCCGCGCCUAUGGAUCCCGUGGCAGCUAGCAUGGCUCGAAACCGCGCCAUCAUGGAGCGCAUGCGGCGCGAGCAAGAAGCGGCACUCCGGGAGGGAUAUGAACAGGAGGCGGCACGGGUCGAAUGGGCCGCUGCGCACAGACCCCCUCAGGCCGUACAGGAGCACGAUGACUACGAAGAGAUGCUCCGGCGCGCGAUUGAGGAGAGCGAGGCUGAAGCUAGGGUCAGAGACAGACCCGCCACGCAGCACACGGAUGAAGGUGAGGCCGCUGACGCUGACGAGAACGAGGACGAGGACAUGGACGACGAGGAUUAUGCGCCGCCUGUUGUUCCGCCCCGGAUACCACAUCCGUCUUCCUCGUACGGCGCGCGAGUGUACGACGACGAAGACGCGGAGCUGCAGGCGGCACUGAAGGCGUCGUUGGAGAGCGUUCCAGAAGAUUUUCGGUUUCCCAGUCCCCGUCCUCCGAUCCGACCACUGCCUCCUAGCUCCGGCGCGUCCAGUCUUUCCACGCCACGAGAGCAGCAAACUCCGCACGGUACGGCAACUCCACAGCGACCGGAAGAGGACACAGAAGACGCAGAGACGCAGUCCGAGGCGGAAUCAAGUAGUGCGGCGGAACCUGAGGAACAGUUGAGCGUAGAAGAGAUUAGGAAACGACGGCUGGCAAAGUUUGGUGGAUGA